UGUUAUCCCCUUAUCACUUGGACUGCGAACACCACCAUUGCCAGCGAACUUAGCAGUUAAACAAUGGCAGCAAUAGCUAGUCUCAACCUCUCAACUCCAAGAGCACUAGCUAGGACACCAGACUCUGCCAAGGCUCAAUCCUUCGGGAGUCCAUGUAUUCUUAACCAGCCAUGGAAGAGGUGGCAAGUCGGACCGGGUCGAAUUCAGAUGCGACCCAUGAAGGCAGCCCCGGAAGGGAUAUCAGAGAAAGUGGAGAAGAGCAUUAAGGAAGCGGAGGAGGCGUGCGCGGGUGACCCGGUGAGCGGUGAGUGUGUGGCGGCGUGGGACGAGGUGGAGGAGCUUAGCGCGGCAGCGAGUCACGCCAGGGAGAAGAAGAAGGCGUCCGACUCUGACCCGUUGGAGGAGUUCUGUAAGGAGAACCCGGAGACUGUCGAGUGUCGCACUUACGAAGACUAGUUAGUAAUUUCAAAUAGCAUGUUGUUUUUCAGUAAAAUCUCUCUCUUUUUUGUUCAUGCUAUUGGAAUUAUGGUCCUGUUCUUUAUACGAUACCAUCUUCAAAUUUUAUAAGUAGUUUACUUCUUAUAAGAUUGUUAUCCGACAGUAAAAUUUAAAUCAGAAUUGAAAUCACAUUCCUGUGAAUAUGUAAUUUGAUGUAUGAUUAACACAAAACUAUCAGAAAGAAAAUCACAUCCUUCAUCAGUAAGAUUGAUGGUACCGAAUCUAAAUCCUUCAAGGACCCUAUGAAGAAUCUUGCUA